AUGACCGAGGAUAAUGGACCACACGGAUUAAGGUGGUGGGCAGGCCACAUUAUGAUGGCAAACACUCCCGUUCGCCUUCUCCCGCCUGUCGACGACUUCCACUGGUACCCACUAGAUCCACUAGAAGACGUCGAGGAGAAGUCAUGUUGGAAGGUGCCACUUGGCAAGGGCCGACCCCAGCAUGACAGUGGCCGUGUCGGCUUGCCUUUUGACUCCAAUGAAGCGGGCCAAGCCGAACCGCUUGACAACCUACUUGACCAGGAUCUUGGCGACACUCUGCUGCCCAGAUUCAAGGGUUCUUCAUAUGGGUCUUCCCGUACUAGGCCUAUCGCUGGCCCGCUGGAUCUAGUCGUUGCGGGCCGCUUGAAGCGGCUGUGCCCGACGUGCUCGACCACAGAGGUCAAGCACCAGUGUACUUGCACAUUUCGAAAGCGGUUUCUCGAUCGAUGGCUGUGUAUCGAAUGCUAUCUCAAGAACGAAGCUCGAUUUGAUCCUGCUCGAACGGUGAAGACGCUUAGGACAGAUGAGCAAGGAGAAUGUCCGUGUGGGAACCCGUUUGAUCCACAGAAUGAGGAUUCGUGGUUCGCGUGCAAGUGGUGCGAUGGCCGGGUGCUCGGAUCGUUCGAGAAAAUGGAUCGCGAAGAACAGGAAAAGUCGUUCGUGCCGGACGAGGAGGACGAAGACGAGGAGGGGGCCUGGCCGGAAAUGCUUCCACAUGGGGGCCGGUCUAAUCUGGAUGGCCGUCUGAUCGACCAAGCGAUCGAGGAUGCCGGCUCUAAGGCGCCUGGUCUGUAUCUACACAUGGUUUGUCAAGAGGUGCUAAGCCGGAAGCAUCUUCUACAAAUGGACGCAUACAAAAAGAAAAUGGAGGAGGGCAAGGACGAGGAAUUUAACGAUGCCGCCUACUCCCGUCGCCGCAACGCCGACCUCAUGCUUGCGUACCAGCGGCAGAAGAAAAAGAUUGAAGCCAUGGCACCCUUUAGCACGCCUGAUUUGGAAGCGGAAUACAGUACCAAGUACAGGGAUCUACAUGCAAAAUUGGGCGGUGUGCAAGAGCGCGACAACAUUGUGAGGGAGGCGAUGAAAAUGACUCUGGGGAACAUGACGCGGGAUGAGAUCAUAACUUGGAGCUUGAGGAGUGAAGCAUAUGGCAGCGAGAGUAGGUAUCCAACAGGUGCGACAUAG